AUGGCUCGCCUGCUCAGCUUCAUCGUCGUCCUGGCUCUCUGUCUCUGCCUCGUCUCCGGCGAGCCUCUCCGCCAUCCCCAGCUGCGAAAACACCGUCCUCGCGACGAUGCCCAUGAGAAUGCCGUCUUCUCACUACACAAUCUCUCGCUCAAGCUCUUCCACAAGAGAGCUGCCGGGGCUGAUCCACUGCCUGGCGUUGUCGGCGCCGUCGAGGUGGCUGCUCGCCGCAAGAUCGUGAGACGACAGAACACCGGCGACCUUCCAUCAACUCCCACGCCAUCAAGUACGGACUCUCCCACUGCUACUCCUACAGCUACUCCCACUGCUACUCCUACAGCUACUCCCACUGCUACUCCUACUGCUACUCCAAGCCCUACAACGGCUUCUCCAACCGUGUCUCCCACAGACGGCUCAUCCUCUUCUCCUACAGACACACCCACCGACUCGCCCACCAACACUCCUACCAACACUCCUACCGAUUCCCCUACCAAUACGCCUACCAACACGCCUACAAAUACUCCAACUGCUACUCCCACUGAUACUCCCACGGCCACGCCCUCGGAGACUCCUACCAACACUCCAACCAACACUCCCACCAAUACUCCAACCAAUACUCCAACCAACACUCCUACCAACACUCCAACCAACACUCCAACCAAUACUCCCACCAACACCCCGACAGACACCCCGACCAAUACGCCUACCAGCACUCCAGCUGAGACGUCCGAACCAACUACUUCUGAGCCUACCAGAACCUCGAGACCGACCAGUCAAGACACCACUCUCUCCACCGAGACGUCCACUCCCCCGCCCACCAGCACUCCCUCCGGCACCAGUUCAGCGACCUCUCACCCGCACACCACCUCCAGGCCUCGCUCGUCCUCGACUUCCACUCGUAUUGGCACUACCACCGAGGCUGACGGCUCAGUCCACACCUACACUUCCGUCGUGGUCGUCUAUCCAACUCCAUCUGACGGUGGCAGCGAAGGAUCCCCAUCCUCGCCAUCUGCCUCUCCAACUCUGCAGAACGGGGCUUCCCAGGUUGCCAGCGUUGGCCUGACCGGUGUCUUUGCCGCUGUUCUCGGUGGUGCCGUCGUAUCGGCAGAUGUUACUUUCAUGGAUGUUGGUUCCGAGGUUCCUGUCCUGUCCCGUUCAUCUGUUUGA